AUGGCGGCUGAUGCUGGGCGGGAGCCCCGGGACCUUCCCGGGACUUCAGCCCAACAACCCUCGGGUUUUCUACCUACCCGAGUUCAGGUCCUUAUUAAUCCUAAUGUUACCCCACCCGCCCAUCUCGAUUUCUCACUUGAGGGUGUGAAUUAUCGCGUCUUCGUUUCAACUGACGAAAUUCGAUGCUUUGAAUGUGGGGAAAUGGGUCACCUUAGCCGGACCUGUAAAAAGACAGACUGUCAAGGUCUUACCGAGAGAGUAUCGGAUAGGGGCAAGGUAGGUCCAAAACAUCAACCAAAGGGAUUUAAAUCUCAUAUCACGAAUAAUGUGCCUCUUAAUGUAGAGCCCGUUCAUGGGCAGAAACAGAACAUCCUCCCAGAAAGGCCCUCAAAUCACGCCAAUUCUGUCGGUUCUGAGGGGUCCUCUGAGAUAAACGAGUCGAAUACCCCCAAAUCGCCAAAGUCCUCAGAACCACUGUUACCUUUUCCUCCACCACCCACUAGACUUUUUUCUGAUAUUGUUGCUAAAAGGAAAAGAACUCCUUCAAAAUCUUCUCCUGACACCCCGAUUCUUACUCCCCUCACUUCGAAAACUCCACCAAGGAAAAUGAGGAAAUCACCCCCCUCUACACCUAUUUCAACAGGCCCCCCUCCUUCACCUGUCCUCCUGUCCUCUCCUGCCCCAUCGUCACCUAACACCUGGUCCUCUUCAGCUCCGCCCCCACCCGGCAUCCAAUCCUCUUCAGUUCCACCCUUCCCCGCCUUUCAGCCCUCUUCAGUCACUCCCUCCCCCGUUAUCCAGUUCUCUUCAGCUCCUUCCUCCCCAAACCCUUCCACCCCUUCUUCGUUGUGGGAUGACACCCUGUCUGACGACGAUUCGGUCGAUUGGGCGUCAUCUUUUCCGUCAAAAGGCAGCACGGUCUUCCCUGCACGGCUCUUCGUGUGUCGAAUCACGCUCAUUAAGCACAUCAUUGACCCCUUCAACGGCAAGUGGCGCACAGUUGACAGCCUUCAACUCCAUCCAGCCUACGAUGCAAGUCGUCAACGCCUCUCUCGACUCGAAAAAAAGUCUUCUUCUUCUUCUUCUUCUUCUUCUUCUUCUUCUUCUUCUUCUUCUUCUGCUUCUUCUUCUUCUUCUCCUUCUUCUUCUUCUUCUUCUUCUUCUUCUUCUUCUUCUUCUUCUUCUUCUUCUUCUUCUUCUUCUUCUUCUUCUUCUUCUUCUUCUUCUUCUUCUUCUUCUUCUUCUUCUUCUUCUUCUUCUUCUGCUUCUUCUUCUUCUUCUUCUUCUUCUUCUUCUUCUGCUUCUUCUUCUUCUUCUGCUUCUUCUUCUUCUCCUUCUUCUUCAGCUUCUCCUCCUUCUUCUACUUCUUCUUCUUCUUCUGCUUCUUCUUCUUCUUCUGCUUCUUCUUCUUCUUCUUCUUCUUCUUCUUCUUCUUCUUCUUCUUCUUCUUCUUCUUCUUCUUCUUCUUCUUCUUCUUCUUCUUCUUCUUCUUCUUCUUCUGCUUCUUCUUCUUCUUCUUCUUCUUCUUCUUCUUCUGCUUCUUCUUCUUCUUCUGCUUCUUCUUCUUCUCCUUCUUCUUCAGCUUCUCCUCCUUCUUCUGCUUCUUCUUCUUCAUCUUCCUCCUCCUCCUCAUCUUCGCACCAGCACUAUGCGUUGGCUGUGCCUCGCCUGCGCGUGAUGUCGACCCAAAAAAUCACGACAUAUCUCGGCAAAAGAGAUUUUGUCGACCAUCAAACACACAUCGAUCCAAUUGAUGGUGUGGUAUUAGUAGACCUAGACUACUUAAAGGAGAGGAAAGUCUUUGCCCAUGUGCUAGCAGCAUUCCGCUAUGGCCGGGAGGAUCUGGAUGUCCUUGGGCUUACCUUCAGGAAGGAUCUGUACUUAGCUUCGGUCCAGGUCUACCCCAAGCCCACAGAGGAGGAGAGACCGCUUACUAGACUCCAAGAGAGGCUUAUCAAGAAACUAGGGUCCAAUGCAUAUCCGUUCUACUUCGAACUGCCGGUCAAUUCCCCAUCAUCGGUCACACUUCAGCCCGCACAGGGCGACACAGGCAAGCCAUGCGGUGUGGACUACGAACUCAAAACAUAUGUUGCAGGAUACUCCCCAGGGAGUGGAGAUGGUGCUCCUUAUUUGUGGAACAGUGAUGGAUUACAAUGA